AUGGUACGGCAGAUCAAAACAAACAAGUCCAACAAUUCUUGUGUCUCACGAGGUGAAGUAUGGCCAAGGAAGUUCGGUAAUCUUGCCCCAAUGCUGGAUAAACUCAUGCAGGAAUGGCCACUGAGGAGUAAACUUGAUCCUAACAUCUACGGUCCGCAGGAGUCAGCAAUCACAGCAAGUAUAAUUGAGGAAGAAAUCAUUGGUUUUGAGACAGUUGAGAAGUUGUUCAUCCUUGAUUAUCAUGAUUUACUUUUACCAUUUGUGAGACAAGUAAGAGAGCUUGGAAACAGAACUUUAUAUGGUUCGCGGACAUUGUUCUUCCUAACCCCACAAGGGACGUUGAAACCGCUUGCCAUUGAGCUUACUUGUCCAGAGAUGGAUGGAAAGCCACAGUGGAAGCAUGUGUUUACACCUACCACCGAUUCUGCCUAUCACCAACUUAUAUCUCACUGGCUAAGAACUCAUUGUGCCACAGAGCCAUACAUAAUUGCAGCGAAUCGCCAACUCAGUGCCAUGCAUCCAAUAUAUAGACUCCUGCACCCUCACUUUCGAUACACAAUGAGUAUUAAUGCUGAAGCUAGAAAUUCUCUUAUCAAUGCUGGCAGAACGAUUGAGACGACAUUCGCACCUGGCAAGUAUUCUAUGGAGCUAAGCUCCAUUAUCUACGAUAAGCAGUGGAGGUUUGACGAUGAGGGACUGCCCAAGGAUCUAAUUAGCAGAGGAAUGGCCGUUGAAGAUCCAUCUUCUCCCCAUGGUCUGAAACUAGCAAUCGAAGAUUACCCUUAUGCCAAUGAUGGUCUUGAGUUUUGGGCCAUCGUCAAACAAUGGGUCAGCGACUAUGUCAAUCACUACUAUCCAGAAGCAAGUCUCAUUGAGUCUGAUUCUGAGCUCCUAGCGUGGUGGGAAGAAGUACGUACUGUAGGCCAUGGUGACAAAAAGGAUGAACAAUGGUGGCCUGAGCUAAAAACACCGGAGGACCUUAUCAAAAUCAUCACAACUAUUGUAUGGGUUGCCUCAGGUCACUAUGCUGCUGUAAACUUUGGACAAUAUGCUUAUGCAGGGUAUCUCCCAAACAGGCCUACAAUUGCUAGACGAAACAUGCCAAAUGAAGACAAAAGAGAUCAGGAUUAUUGGAAAUCGUUUUUGGAGAAACCUGAAGAAAUACUUUUGAAAACCUUCCCUUCGCAACGUCAAACAUUAACAGUGAUGUCUACUUUGAUUGUCUUAUCUGCACACUCUUCUGAUGAAGAGUACCUAGGGGAUAAAAUAGAGCCAAACAUCGGAUCCACUUGA